UUCCGACCGAGCCGUAUCGAUAAGCACGGGCAACCGUCAAGCGUGCGUGUGUAUGUAUACCAGCCCGACACGUUGUCUCGGCUGUUUGUUGACGUGAUCGGCUGCACUGUGCAGUCGCGUGCCAUGCGCGCGCGAGGCUUGUCCAUCCUUCUGCGCGAAACUGCGCCGGGGUAUUAAGCUGGCGAGCGUGGAUCGAGCGGAGUCAGUGCGCCGCCAGUCGCCAGACGCUCGCGAGGUACCGUUGAACCAGGGACCGGGGGAGACACGCGCAUUCUCCCAUUCCCCGCACGCAGGCGGAACUGCGAGCUGUCGUACGGGAGUGCCCAUUGUUCGCGUGGCAAGCGAUGAUCCCGUGAGGCCGCGGCGCCAGAGGCCCUGAGUUUCUCUCCCUCGUACGACCCGGGCAGCUCGAGCUAUUCCGAGGGGGAUACCUCGCGGAUCGUCAAUCAUGUGGAAACCCUUCGAGGCUGGCAGCUCGCCCGUGGACUGGUGCGAGCGCAACUACCACAUCUCGCCCAGCAUCGCCGAGUUUAUGAACACGCUGAGUAAUGUGGUCUUCGUGUUGCUUCCACCCGUGCUCAUGCACCUGUUUAGAGACUAUGCGCGCUUUGUGAAUCCAGGAAUUCACGUAUUCUGGUUCCUACUGAUGAUAGUUGGGCUCACUAGCGCGUACUUUCACGCCACUUUGUCCCUGAUAGGUCAACUAUUAGAUGAAUUGUCUAUUUUGUGGGUGUAUAUGGCAGGCUUCUGUAUGUUCUUUCCCAGAAGAUAUUUCCCCAAUGUCGUACAUAACGACAGAAAGCUCUUCUCUAUAUGCGCAACGUUGCCCACUCUAAUCGCUACCGGCUUGGCCCUCAUACAUCCGGCCGUAAAUGCUUUCGCAUUGAUGAGCCUGGGCGUACCGGCGUUUGGAUUCUUGGUCAUGGAGCUCAAGAGGACCACCUCGAUAAGAGUGUACAGACUAGGAUUGCGGUGCGGCGCCAUGUGGAUACUGGCGGUAGUCUGUUGGCUGAACGAUCGUCUGUUCUGCGACACCUGGCUGAGUCUGAACUUCCCGUAUCUCCACGCGCUGUGGCAUCUGUUCAUCUUUAUUGCGAGUUACACCGCGGCGGUGCUCUUUGCAUAUUUCGCCGUGAAGGACGAGAAGCCGCAGCAAUUGCCGGUGCUCAGGUACUGGCCCAGGGACGACUUUGAACUCGGCAUACCGUACGUCACUAUUCGAAGUUAUAUGAGCACGAGUUACAAUAUGAACAUAUAGUUCUCGUGAGAGACCUCCGAGAUCAGCAUUAACAUCGUGAUGCGUUAUUUAUUACGAUGGUAUACCUAAUAUUUGGAUUUUAUGCAAUAUUCGUCCGUCUAAUGCGCGGAUGUAUGGUGUGGUGUCCCGUGAUUUAUCGAGAUGUAAUUUUGAUCGUAUUUUAUGCCGUAACCUGUUUUAAAGAAUCAUUUGUAAAGUCAUAAAAAGAAUUAAAUCGUAAGAAAAUGAAAAA